ACCAAAGAUCCAAUUUUCAUAUCUAUCAAUUGAAAAAUCGUCAAUGUUUGACUUCAUAAGUCCGAACCCUAAAACCCCAAAUUAAGAUUUAAGCAAUCAACUAUUUACCAGUUUCUCUCAUCUUCAUUGCCAAGUUUAGUAAAAUAACUAUGAAUUCCUUAAGAGCAGCUCUCAAACAAAAUCAUUUGCUUCAAUCCAACAAUGUAAGAAGCAUUCCAACAAUUUCACUGCUUCUUCGUGAUUCUCUACGCCAUUUUUCAACUGAGAAAGAGCCGCAAUCUAAAUCUUCAACCCCAAUAGACGCGCUUCUCCAUCCCCCUAACCCAGAUUUUAUUUAUGGGAAGCUGAUGGGCAUCUCACGAAACACACUCAAGAGUGACAUCAUCAAUAUGUUUGAAGGAUGCAAGUUGACACCCGACGACAUUAAGGUCGAUUAUGACAAGUUAUUCCUUCCUAUGGCAAUGUUCCUGCAGUUUUCUUCUAUGUCUGACUAUAUUCUUGCUACUCGGGAACUGUCAAGAAAGAACCGAUACUUCAGAUUAGAGAAGUCUAAUCGUCAAGUAUGGGAUAUGACAACACCUUAUAAUGAAAGAUAUGUUUUAUUGCAAGGAUUACCUCGUGCUGCAGUGCUAGAAGAUGUGGAACGCUUAUUGUCUGGCUGUUACUAUGAUCCUUCCGGCCUUGAAAUGUUUUCUAGGAAUGUUCAAUCACAGAAUGCGAGAUUUGCAAAAGUGCGCUUCCCAUCCCAAAUCGAGGCAAUGAAUGCAGUAGUCCGAAAGAGUGGCAGCUUCUGUCUUAAUAGCCGCAUUACAGCUCGACUCUUACAGUAAACAAGCUCUGUUUGUGUCAACACUGCAUGAAUUACUACAUUGCCUUAGGCUUAGACAUCAUAAUUUUCUUAAUAUCUUUUACUAUUGGCUUCUCUAAAGGCUUGUUUUUUCGUUAUUUGCCUUGGACAAUUUGGGUUGUUCUUGAUCCGCUUCGACUCAUUUGAGUUCAUGGAUAUAUGGCUUUUGAAGGCAGAUAUGACUAAUAGUCGUAGCAACUUUGUUUUUA